GAGCACUACUGCCAGAUCUUGAGAGUCUAAGAAAUCUUUCUUUCGACUCCUCGGCUCACCGAUCCAGCAUCAUUUUCUACUGGCCCCAGAGUUUCCUUACUGUCAUUCCUUCCACCCCAAAGCUUCCUCCCUGUUGGCACUGGGGCCAUCACGAUAGACUGGAGUAGUGAUUUGGGAAGAAAAUACGGGAAUAAGAUGACCAAAUGGAGGGAAGUUUCAAGGACUCAUUCCAUGUGUUCUUCAAUUUUGGCAGCAGUUAUGAAGGUGUAGCAAUUGCGCUGCAGAGGACAGGAGAGUAUACAAACGCAAAUUUUGAAAAAUUACUGUACUAUUCUUUUCCUUUCCUCAAACAAAAAAGUGACAAUGAAUAUAUGUUUGCACAUUCACUCAUUUAUAAAACAAACUUUGUUAAGUGACUUUUGAAUCAUUCAAUCUUCAAGGAGCUUACAAUUUAGUUAGCUGAAUAUCUCCAUCUACCAGAAUCUACUAGAAUUCUCUAUCAGUAGAAUUCUCUAUCAGAAUCUACUAGAUCUGUGGUUGUCUUUCUUUUUUCUUGUGAAGAUGAUGUUUUGUGUGUCUCACAGUACAUGACAGAGAUGAUAUUCACAUGUGUGACAAACUCUCAUUGAGUACCUGGGGUUAUUCGCGAGACCCCACACGCAGGCUGUCACUCCACUGUUUUCUCUUCUAUGCAGGAAAGUAUAUCAGAAUGCAACAGAGCAAGAGAGAGAGAGACACCACUGUAGUAACAAUCUUGAAUCUAGUCUAAGUGUGAAGGUAAGUCAUUCACACACUUUCAUGGCUUAACAAGCACUAGGAAUAAAUUAUUUGCAACAGACUUCACGAAUGACUUGCAAAUACCAGGUAUGUCACCACUAAAACACACUGCUGUAGAUGGCAAGGGCAAUACUGAAUACUUUCUGUGACUGGGAUGUUCUUGGCACUUUUGAUACAUUUUUUAAUUUAUCCUAGACCCCAUAAUUCUAUUUGCUCAACUAAUCCAGUGGUUUUCCAACUUUAGCAUGCAUCAGAAUUACCUGGAGGGCUUGUUAAAAUGCAGUCUGCUGGGCCCCACUCCCAGAGUUUCUAAUUCAGUAUGUCUGGGCAGGGCCUGAGAAGGCAUUUCCAACAAGUCCCCAGGUAACAGUGAUGCUGCUGGUCCAUGAACCGCACUUUGAGAAUCAUUGAUAAAGGUAUCCAUUCAUCCCUUCCAAAAACAUUUAUUAAAACCUACCAGGUGCCUAACACCAAAGUAAAAAGACCAACUGAACAUUAUUCUAUAAAAGCUAACCUCUAUUGAGCACUCUGCUAAGGGCUUUGUUAUGACCUGAUUUACUCCUUUAUGACAAUCCUACAGUUAGGUAUCUUUUCCACACAGUAUUAUUAUGGUCAGUCUUUUUCAGAUUAAAAAAAAGUCCUGAUGUUCAACAAGGUUAAAGAACUUGCCCAAAGUCACACAGCUAGGAAGCAUCUUAAACAAAAUUUAAUCUGUUUGUCUGAUGCCAAAGUGUUUUUCUCACCAUACCCUCUCUUCUCCAAGCUAUCUCUAGAUCAAGAUCCGUCUAAAUCAGAGCCAGGAAAAAGAACAUGGCUCCAGUUAGCCAGUGUGCAGAGAAUGGGGAGUUCUGUCUAACAUUUUGGUUAGCUAAGACAUAUCUUUGUGUUAACUUAUUCAAAAGCUUUCUAACAGUUAUCAGUUCACUUUCUACCCUAAGUCAGCAUAAUAUAAUGUACUGUUUCCUUGAUGAUUCAGGAUCUUACGUGUCCCAGAACCAUCAUUAUACACAGCAUUCGUUCCUGAGAAAUGUCGAACUGACUGCAGAAGAUAGAGGCAAUUCGACUGAAUGUGUGGGGAGCCCAGAAUUACUGAGGACAGAUUAAAUUAUAUUCUAAUUAUUUCCCUUUUCUGUAAUCAGAAUGGAAAAGACUCGCAAAGUGAGACUAAACAAAUGUUUCAGCUGAGCUGGGUUCAGAUUAAUCAAGUUUACCCCAAUUUGUGUAAGUAGCUGACAAACUUCAUUUAAAAGUCUUUUUCUCCUUUUGCGACUCGGUAACUCACAAAGAGCGAAGCUUUCCUUGACUCCUGUGCACCGUUGUGUUACCCCGUCAUCAGGGAGAGAAAUGAGCUGUAUAAUUACCUUUUGAGACAUGAAUCAUCCUUGCUCUGAGGGCCCAGACCUGUUCGACUCUAUAAAAGCAGCUGAAGGUGGAAGUGCAAACGUGCACUGUCUGUCGUCCCCCAGGCUGAUAUAAUUACCACGCUACCGUGAGGAGAUGAAGGUGCUCCUUGCAUCUGGCCUCGCUGUCCUCCUCAUCACGGCUUUGAAGUUUUCCACUGCAACCCCCUCCCUAUUUGCAGCCACCCCCAGGACCUCAAGGAACAACUACCACCUCGCACAGGCGUACCUCGACAAGUAUUACACGGUUAAAGGAGGCCACCAGAUUGGUGAGAUGGUUGCACGAGGAAGCAAUUCCAUGGUGAAGAAGAUUAAGGAGCUGCAAGUGUUCUUCGGCCUCCCGGUCACCGGGAAGUUAGACAAGUCCACGAUGGAUGUGAUCAAGAGGCCUCGCUGUGGAGUUCCUGAUGUGGCAAACUACCGCCUCUUCCCAGGUGAACCCAAAUGGAAAAAAAAUACUUUGACCUACAGAAUAUCCAAAUACACAACUUCCAUGACUCCUGCUGAUGUGAACAAAGCAGUAGAGAUGGCCCUACAGGCCUGGAGCAGCGCUGUGCCCCUCAACUUUGUUAGGGUAGACUCUGGAGAAGCCGAUAUUAUGAUAUCUUUUGAAACUGGAGAUCACGGGGAUUCCUAUCCAUUCGAUGGGCCUCGAGGGACUCUAGCCCAUGCAUUUGCCCCUGGAGAAGGCCUGGGAGGAGAUACACAUUUCGACAAUGCUGAGAAGUGGACUAUGGGAACGAAUGGUUUCAAUUUAUUCACUGUUGCUGCUCACGAAUUUGGCCAUGCACUGGGCCUGGCCCAUUCCACAGACCCAUCAGCACUGAUGUACCCAACUUAUAAGUACCAGAAUCCUUAUGGAUUCCAUCUCCCCAAGGAUGAUGUGAAAGGGAUCCAGGCAUUGUAUGGACCUCGGAGAGCAUUCCUGGGAAAGCCCACCAUGCCCCACGCCCCACCUCGUAAUCCAUCCAUCCCUGACCUCUGUGACUCCGGCUCAUCCUUUGAUGCUGUGACAAUGCUGGGAAAGGAGCUCCUGUUCUUCAGGGACCGGAUUUUCUGGCGUCGGCAGAUUCACUUGGCGGCAGGGAUCCGGCCCAGCAUGAUUACCAGCUCCUUCCCCCAGCUUAUGUCUAACGUGGAUGCAGCUUACGAAGUGGCUGACAGGGGCACUGCUUACUUCUUUAAAGGCCCCCACUACUGGAUAACACGAGGAUUUCAAAUACAAGGUCCUCCUCGGACUAUUUAUGACUUUGGGUUCCCAAGGUAUGUGCAACGAAUAGAUGCUGCUGUCCAUCUCAAGGAUGCACAGAAGACUCUUUUCUUUGUGGGAGAUGAAUACUACAGCUAUGAUGAACGAAAAAGGAAAAUGGAAAAAGACUAUCCAAAGAGUACUGAAGAGGAAUUUUCAGGAGUUAAUGGCCAAAUAGAUGCUGCUGUGGAAUUGAACGGCUACAUUUACUUCUUUUCAGGACCAAAAGCAUACAAGUAUGAUACAGAGAAGGAAGAUGUGGUUAGCGUGCUGAAAUCUAGUUCCUGGAUUGGUUGCUAAACAGAGAAGUCUAGUCUUUCCUAAGGAAUGAAGAUGUCUGCAAGCAGCUGGUAAUUGGAUCUUAAGGACUCAGGCAGAAUGCAGGAUAGGGAUUCUUCCCAUGGCCUUCAAGUUUAAGGACAAUUUAGAGUUCACUGAAAAUAAUUAUGCUUCUAAAUUUUUUCACAGUUGUGGAUUCAGAAUUUUAAUCCAAACGGGAAAUUCCUAUAUGAUCAACUUUACACAAAAUCAGAAUCGACACAAUGCAUUCUUCUGUUAGACACUCAUUGUUUUUUUCUUACCUAAUAUAUUGAAGUAAAUUGAUAAGUUAGGUUUUUAUUUCUAGGAAGAAGCCUACUUGUGGAUUCCCUGACAUAUAUUAUAAUUCUUUUAAUAGGAAAUGUCGUUACUUUACAAACUAUAAUUAUUCUUUACAAGUGCUGGCUUUUGUGGCCUUAACAUUUGUUAUGAUGAAUAUAAAUUUAUCCAUCUUUACUUUAAACAUAUCACAAACAAAA